UAAAUGAGCCUGCGGGACUUGUUCCUAUGUUUUAUUUUUGCCCCUUGAGUCCUUCAGCAUGAGGGGACUGCUACUGCUGACCCUGGCCAUCCCUGCGGUGCUGGCCGCCAGCCUGCCCCCGACUGACAAGCCCUUCACCUGCACAGAGAAAGACAAGGAGGCGGCGGCCAAGGUGGCCGAGCACUUCAUCAACCACCACCACCACCGAGGUUUCAAGUUCCGUGUCGACAAAAUCACCUCUGCCAAAGCAGAGAACAAGGGCACCCCUCACUGUCAGCUGCUUCUUGAGUUGGCUCUAGGUGAAACCAAAUGCCACAUCAUCGACCCCAAACCAUUAGAGAAAUGUGAGAUUCGUGAAUUUCAUGACACACAAGUCAAGUCCACAUGCAGCGUGACAGUGAAGGAGACAGACGGAAAAGCAAUCGUUGAGAAAUACUCCUGCAAAACUGAUGCAGUACCAGCAGAGGAACUGAACAGACAGUGCCCUGACUGCCCCUCGCUGAUCCCCUUACAUGACCCCCAGGGUCUGGACAGCGUCCGCAGCGCUGUUAAGAAAUUCAACGAGGAGAAAAAGCAGGACAAAUACUUCAGGCUGAUGGAGAUUGGCAGGAUGUCAACCCAGUGGAUGUUCAUGGGACAGUCCAUCUUUGCUGAUUUUGCGAUUGUUGAAACCAACUGUUCUGCUGACGUUAAACCAGAGGAUCAGGACGACUGCCUUACUCUUUGUGAUGAUGAAGCUCACCAUGGUCUCUGUGAGUCAACAUUGCUUGGGAAUGGUGAAGUGGAUGUUCAGUGCACUAUAUUUGACAUCCAGAACGGCACCGUUUUCCACCACCACCCACCUCCCACUGCAGCCAACUGUACAAAACUACCUGUUCCACAUAUGGACCCUGCAUCCCACCCUCCUUUUGGCAGACCUCCUCAUGGACCUCAUGGAGACGCAGGUCCUCCAGGACCUCCGGGUCCUCCAGGACCUCUAGGACGUCCAGGACACCAUAAACGCCCUGGAGGCUUUGGCCCCAUGGAGCUGCCUACCGGGCCUUCUCCACCCGUACACUUUUUCCCCCAGUGCCCAGGCGUUGUGAAAAUCCCUCCGACGAUCCACCCCAUCUGUCCCUUCCCUCCCCCUCCCCCUCCCAAACCCCGACAUGAGCAUGACCACCAUGGGUCCCACAAAUCCCCCGUUUUUCACCUUUCAAUUCAGUAAUCUUUUAUUCCGCCGUUUGAGUAUUGAAAUAAUGGCACAGCUCCUGAUAAUGCUACAUACAAUUCAGCACCAGUAUAGGGCAUCUAAAAUACUUAGCAUUUGACUGCAUGUAGUUGUGUACACUGUUGCUGCAGUUAUUAUGCUUCCCAAGGAUAUGGGAUAUGGGUCUUGUGUUACUGUCAAUAAAGUUUGAUUGUUUUAA